GGCGGCGGCGACGGCUGCGGGACGCAGAGAAGCAGCCCCGGGAGCGGGCCGAUCGCGGCUCGGGCUCGACGGAGGGCACCGGCGAGGAGAUCUCCUUGGUCGCGGGAGUAGCCACCGCUGGCCGUGCCACUGCCAGCCCCUGCCGAGCGGCGCCAAGAAAGGAACCGAGAAAGUAUGGCUGAGGAGGAGGCGCCUAAGAAGUCCCCGGCCGCCGGAGGCAGCGCGAGCUGGGAACUUUGUGCCGGGGCGCUCCCGGCCCGGCCCGCGGAGGAGGGGAGCGGGAUUGCGGGCAGCCACCGCCGUCCCCUAGCUGGCCCCGGGCGCUUGGUGCGCCGGCUGUUACUGCUGCUUUGGUUGCUGGAGGCUCCGCUGCUGCUGGGGGUCCGAGCGCAGGCGGCGGGCCAGGGGACGGGCCAGGGGCCCGGGCCCGGGCAGCAACCCCCGCCGCCUCCGCCUCCGCCUCAGCAGCAGCAGAGCGGACAGCAGUACAACGGCGAGCGGGGUAUCUCCAUCCCGGACCAUGGCUACUGCCAGCCUAUCUCCAUCCCGCUGUGCACGGACAUCGCAUACAACCAGACCAUCAUGCCCAAUCUUCUGGGCCACACGAACCAGGAGGACGCGGGCCUCGAGGUGCACCAGUUCUACCCACUGGUGAAGGUGCAGUGUUCCGCCGAGCUCAAGUUCUUCCUGUGCUCCAUGUAUGCUCCUGUGUGCACAGUGCUGGAGCAAGCGCUGCCGCCCUGCCGCUCCCUGUGCGAGCGCGCGCGCCAGGGUUGUGAAGCGCUCAUGAACAAGUUCGGCUUCCAGUGGCCAGACACGCUCAAGUGUGAGAAGUUCCCGGUGCACGGCGCUGGGGAGUUGUGCGUGGGCCAAAACACGUCGGACAAAGGUACCCCGACGCCCUCGCUACUGCCAGAGUUCUGGACCAGCAACCCCCAGCACGGCGGCGGAGGGCACCGCGGCGGCUUCCCGGGAGGCGCCGGCUCGUCCGAGCGAGGCAAAUUCUCUUGCCCGCGCGCCCUCAAGGUGCCCUCCUACCUCAACUACCACUUUCUGGGGGAGAAGGACUGCGGCGCGCCCUGUGAGCCGACCAAAGUGUAUGGGCUCAUGUACUUUGGGCCCGAGGAGCUGCGCUUCUCGCGCACCUGGAUCGGCAUCUGGUCGGUGCUGUGCUGUGCUUCCACUCUCUUCACGGUGCUCACGUACCUGGUGGACAUGAGGCGCUUCAGCUAUCCUGAAAGGCCCAUCAUCUUCCUGUCUGGCUGUUACACCGCGGUUGCGGUGGCCUACAUUGCCGGUUUCCUGCUGGAGGACCGGGUGGUGUGUAACGACAAGUUCGCUGAGGAUGGGGCGCGAACGGUGGCGCAGGGCACCAAGAAGGAGGGCUGCACUAUCCUCUUCAUGAUGCUCUACUUCUUCAGCAUGGCCAGCUCCAUCUGGUGGGUGAUCCUGUCCCUCACCUGGUUCCUCGCGGCCGGCAUGAAGUGGGGCCACGAGGCCAUCGAGGCCAAUUCGCAGUAUUUUCACCUGGCUGCCUGGGCUGUGCCAGCCAUCAAAACCAUCACCAUCCUGGCGCUGGGCCAGGUGGACGGUGAUGUGCUGAGCGGAGUGUGCUUUGUGGGGCUCAACAACGUGGACGCCCUGCGUGGCUUCGUGCUGGCACCCCUCUUCGUAUACCUGUUCAUCGGCACGUCUUUCCUGCUGGCCGGCUUCGUGUCGCUCUUCCGCAUCCGCACCAUCAUGAAGCACGAUGGCACCAAGACCGAGAAGCUGGAGAAGCUCAUGGUGCGCAUUGGUGUGUUCAGCGUGCUGUACACUGUGCCAGCCACCAUUGUCAUCGCCUGCUACUUCUACGAGCAGGCCUUCCGGGACCAGUGGGAACGCAGCUGGGUGGCCCAGAGCUGUAAGACCUAUGCCAUCCCCUGCCCUCACCUCCAGGGAGGUGGAGGUGUCCCGCCACACCCACCCAUGAGCCCUGACUUCACAGUCUUCAUGAUCAAGUAUCUUAUGACUCUGAUCGUGGGCAUCACGUCGGGCUUCUGGAUCUGGUCAGGCAAGACACUCAACUCCUGGAGGAAGUUCUACACGAGGCUCACCAACAGCAAACAGGGAGAGACCACCGUUUGAGACCUGGGGACUCAACCCACCCCCCAAAAAAGCCGGCCCCAUGGGAUUCAUGCCUAGCCUGGUUGACUUUCGCAGCCUCCUUUUAACAACACAGCUCCUGCAAACGCUUCCGUCCCUGGGGCAAACGGACUAGAGGGCCCCACUGCCUGAGGGGUGCAGAUCGACCUCUCUUGCCCUCACACUCCGGUACCAGGACUGUAACGCUUUUAUGAUUGUAAAUAGCCUGUGUAAGAUUUUUGUAAGUAUAUUUGUAUU